AUGAUAGAUGGAGCAAAAGGAAUAUUAUAUCUUCAUUCAAAUGGAAUAUUACAUCGAGAUAUUAAACCAGAUAAUUUCCUUGUUAUCUCACUUGAUGAUAAUAUUGAAGUUAAUUGA